AUGCAUGAGCAAUAUCAAUUUCCAAUUUUGAAAAUUGAGAUCCUGGCUCAGAACACUGCUCGUGCCAUGAGUACUUUGGCUGCUCAUGCUAAGGACACUGGUGCUGCCCAGGACAUGGAUAUCUCCCAGGACAUGGAUACUACUCAGGAUAUGAACAUGAAUACUUCGGCUGCUCAAGCCAAGGAUACUGGUGCUGCUGCUGCUGCCCAGGACAUGGAUACUUCCCAGGACAUGGACAUUUCUGCUGCUCAAGCCAAGUACCCUGCUGGUGCCAAACCUCAAAAGAGAACCAGAGAACAGGCUCUUCAGCCUGGGGACUCUCCAGUAGCCAAACAG